AAUGAAACUUAAAAGGACAAAUACCAUAAUAUUAAAUAGGUAGUUCAAGAAAAAUGUGUAACACGUUUUGGUCUAAGGAAUGGUAAGAGUAUAAAUAGUUGCAACUUUGAAGUGUGUCAGGGGAGCUGAAACUGAGAGAGAGAGAAAAAUAGAGAGAGUAAGUGAAGGGGGCAAGGAAACAUGGUAAGAACACCUUGCUGUGAUAAGAACGGACUAAGGAAAGGAACCUGGACUCCAGAGGAAGAUAGAAAACUGAAGGCUUAUGUCACCAGAUAUGGCUGCUGGAAUUGGCGCCAACUCCCAAAGUAUGCAGGUUUGGCAAGAUGUGGGAAGAGUUGCCGGCUGCGAUGGAUGAAUUAUUUAAGGCCAGACAUCAAAAGAGGAAAUUACAGCAAAGAAGAAGAAGAGGCAAUCAUCAGAUUUCAUGAAUCGCUAGGAAACAGGUGGUCUGCCAUUGCUGCCCAGUUACCUGGACGAACAGACAAUGAGAUAAAGAACCACUGGCAUACAACUCUCAAGAAGCGCUUUAAGCAUAAGCCAUUAGCAACAAAAGAUGUGAAAGAUAACAGUCAAGGUCCAGUAAUACUAGAGGAUGGGACAAGUAAAGAGAAAGAAGAAACAAAGCUAAACAAUCAUCUUUUGAUUAAUCCCACAAGUCCACCAUUAAUUCUUGAAAGCUCACUAUCAUCCCAACAACCAGCCUCAAGCGAUCAGAACUCCUCCAUCACCACAGAUAGUACUCUUGCAUCCAGCAAAGACUCAGUUUCAGAUAAUAAUUAUAACAAUAAUACGGCUUUGUUCGACACCUAUGAGGCAAAUAGUGGAAAUUUCUGGACAGAACCAUUUUUCGGGGACAGUUGUUAUAUGUCAAGUGAUAUGUUGGUAUCCAUGAUGAUGGAUCCUGCAGGCUAUGAAGCUGAGUUUCCACUUCUUGAAGGAGAAAUCUUAUGCCCUUUCGGCUUAUACGAUCAGCUUGAAGGCUUGAACUUCUAAUUAAAACAGUAAAACCAGCGGUAAUUUGUUGGUUUUAUUUACCUAUAUGCUACUUCUUCUUGAUGGGCUUUUUGGGCAUUAUUUAAUCUUAGCCUUUGUUUUUGACAUAUGGGGUUGUAAAGAGUUUCUUUUUAACGGAUAAGGAAAAAUCUAAUAAAAAACAAGUGUCCUGCUUUUCAGC